UGCAAAAUGUAAAUAUUUAUACGAACGAAGGUUGUGUCCAAAAACGUAACUAUUGAUGCACAAGGCCAGGAAUCCAGGGGUGGUGGUGUUGGCCAUUCACAAAACUUGUUGGAAAACACACACACACACAAACACAUUUUACACACACUCUUCUUUUAAAAGGGCAGGAGUUGCUUGGGUUUUUCUCCCAGCUUCCAGGAACUUUUCUGGCAAGGCUGACCGUGUCCCCCCCUCCGAAACUGGGUGAAAAGUCAGCCGCUUUUAAACCCCGGUUAAACAAACCUGGUUGGGGUGCAGAGUUCCCUGUGCUGUUAAUGUUUAAUUUUGCCCCAAAAUCACCCCAGGAGGGCGGUUGGGCCAAGCAGUUGAAGCCGAAGGUUCAGCUUCAUGAUGGAAAGCAGGAAGAUCCAAGCAACCCUGCAGGAUGCCAUCCGGACUCUGAACACCCUCCAGACCAACGCCAGCUACCUGGAGCAGGUGAAGAAAGAAAGGGGAGACCCCCAGCUGCAGUUGCAAGCGAUGGCUGGGUUUCUGGAACGUACCGGACUGAAGGUCGAAGACCUGAAUCAACUCAACAUCAUUCAUGUGACUGGGACAAAGGGCAAGGGUUCUGCCUGCGCCUUCACAGAGCGGAUUCUGCGCAACUAUAAUUUAAAGACCGGUUUUUACAGUUCACCGCAUCUGGUUCAAGUCCGCGAGAGAAUUCGGAUUAACGGUCAGCCCAUCAGCCAAGAGCUUUUUAGCAAAUAUUUCUGGCAGGUGUAUAACCGGUUGGAGGAGACCAAGGACCCCCAUCACGCUUCCAUGCCUGCUUAUUUCCGGUUCCUUACGAUCAUGGCUUUCCACGUCUUCCUGCAAGAGAAGGUUGACUUGGCGGUUAUAGAAGUUGGCAUUGGGGGCGCCUACGAUUGCACAAAUAUUGUCAGGAAGCCAAUAGUAUGUGGGAUCUCCUCCUUGGGCAUUGACCACACCAGCAUCUUGGGAGACACCAUCGAGAAGAUAGCUUGGCAGAAAGGAGGCAUCUUCAAGCCCGGUGUGCCAGCAUUCACGGUGCCUCAACCGGAAAGGCCCUUAGAUGUCCUGAAACAGAGAGCUGAAGAGUGCCAGUGCCCGCUUUUCCUCUGCCCUGACCUGGAAGCCUUUGAAGACCGCGGCAAGCUCCUCAAACUAGGUUUGGCUGGUGAUCAUCAGCGCUCGAAUGCUGCUUUAGCCCUCCAGCUGUCCCGCACCUGGCUGAGCCGUUGUGGGUAUCUGGAUGCUGGUGAGCUGAAGGACUCGUGGCUGACCUCUGAAGCUCCAUCCAAGAAGGUGCCCUGCUUGGCCCCUGCUUUUAAGCCGGAGCAGCCCAUGGUGCAAGGCCUGCAAGCAGCCGUGUGGCUCGGACGUAACCAAGUGCUGCACCACGGCCCAGUGACGUGGUACAUUGAUGGGGCCCACACCACCAGCAGUGUGCAGGCCUGCGUCCGGUGGUUUCGCCAGGCGGCCUUGAAUGAAGACAAACCUACAGACGGUUCCGAAGUCCGAGUGUUGCUGUUCAACGUGACCGGAGACCGGGAUACGGCUGCUUUGCUGAAACUGUUGCUGCCCUGCCAUUUUGAUUACGCCGUUUUCUGCCCCAACUACACCGAGGUGUCGACGGUGGGAAGCGCAGAUCAGCAGAACUUCAACGUCACCUUGGAGAACGUCCUGACGCGCUGCCUGCAGAAUCAGAACCACUGGAACCGUCUGAUGGAGGCCAAGUUGACGCAGGACCCUUGGUUCCCUGUCUUGCCCGAGGUGGGGGGCUGGCUGAAGCAGCCCCCGCUUCACAGCCCCCCCCUCUUCGCCGCCGCCUCGGCUCGUCCGCUCAAUUCCAACUCCUUGGUGUUCCCUUGCAUCUCGCACGCCUUGCAGUGGAUCACGCAAGGCAGGGACCCACACUUGCCGGCGCUGGGGCCCCAGGGACUCCACCCGCACCCCGUGGCCAGCAGCGGGGCCGUUCUGCUCAAGGAAGCCGUGGCCAUCCGCGUCCUCGUGACGGGCAGCCUGCAUUUGGUGGGGGGCGUCUUGAAGCUGCUGGACCCCAGCCUUUCUCAGUAGGCCUCCGGGAAUGCCAUCUUCUGCCAACAUGGACAGGGCAGUAGAGACCUUGAAGUCCUACUCCUAUCCAUGGUGUGGCACCACGGGGUACGUCCAGCCACGCCAUUCCUGGGAGCGCCGGGCUGAAUCCUUGACCGAAGCGAAUUACAGUUGAUGGCCAUCUAGCUGAUGGGUGAACGUUGAUGGUUGAACCACUGGAGGUCCAGCUGCUCCACAAGCUUGGAGACACGGUUCUUCUUCUCAUAACCAAGGGAGGACCCUCUUGUGAGAUCAACCACCUCCUCCAGCCUCAAGCAGUGGACGGGGAGCAUCCAUACACGAUGUUUCUCAACCACAACCGAGGCCAGAUAACAAGCCCACCACCUCCUCGGAGACUCCCAUGUGCCUUCUCAACGCGCCCAUUCGUCGCGUCUCUUCGAUGUUUCUCUGCAUUUUUUCAUCCCCGUCUUUGUCACUCGCUGCCUUGAUCCAUUGGGCUACCCUUUGGGGACGCUGCUACUCACUUGUUACAAACUAUUCCCCCCCCCUUUAAGCUCCCCAUCUCCGCCUCUGGAUCCGUUUUGGGGUGGUGGAUAACCGAAAGGACCAGUCGUUUGGGGUAUGAUGCUUCUGGAUGCUUGGUGCCCACUAGAAUCUGAGGUCCAGAACACCAGGCUAGCUGGACCCACACUCUUGAGUAGGGCAUUGACAGCCUGAGGGGGGGGCGGCAUCUAAGAUCUAAGUGCCUUCUUUUGGGGGGGGAGAGAAAAAAGAGUCACUGUGUUCUUCCAAUGAGCUUCCAAACUCUUUGAUUCCUCUGCUUUCAAUCAUUUUGGGGUUGUGGGACCAAGCGUUUCAACCCACCCACCCCCUUCCUGGAAUUUGGCUGGACAAUUGCCCAGAUCCAUUCUUAUUAAAACACGGGGAGGGGGGGCGUCAGAUUACGCCUCCCAUCUUCCCACCCUCCAGGCAGUGGCUGAUGGGAGCUGACGUUCCCCAACUCCAGCUUCUUUCCUGCAGAGGUAGUUUGGGGGGGGGCGUGCAUGCGUGUGUGGAAACCUGAUCAAAAUGUUGCUCGUUUGCAGCCUUGCCUGGAUCGCCUCGUUUUUAAUUUGGGGGAACUUUGGGUGUUCUUAAGAUGGCUCCAUGCUUUUCCCAUCUUCUUUCUGCAAAUACUUUGGGUUAAGAACUUUUAAACUUUGCUGGAAGGCUUCAUUUUUUUUUAAUCCCUUGGGGCAGUGAGAUUAUGAAGGGGGGGUCCUAUAAAACUACUUUAGUUUCUCUUUGCAAUUCCUUCCCUUCUUCAUCGUUCCCUUCUUUAUUCUUCUUUUUCUUUUCCUUUCCUUUCUCCUUCCCUUUCCUUUCCUUUCUCAUCCUUCCUUCCUUCCUUCCUUCCUUCCUUCCUUCCUUCCUUCCUUCCUUCCUUCCUUCCUUCCUUCCUUCCUUCCUUGGUGCAUUUAUAUUUCUCUUUACGGCUUAGCUUCAAAUCUAGUGAUUUCCCCCCCCCCCCAAAAAAAACCCCAGAAAGAUGCUGAGCUUGGAUUAAACCCUCUUUUUAAGAAAUGUUAUGCCUGCCUCUCCAAAUUGCAUAAGGGUGGGGAUUAAAUUGCCCCCAGAUUUCCCCCAGCCCCUUGGCCUCCCCUGCUGGGAUAGUUGCAGAUUUCCAGGAUUUCAAGAUAUGCAAGCAAGCCUCGUGUUGAAGAAGCAGCCCUGUGCUGGUGGCACAUUCUCCAAAUAUCUUGCAAGUGAAGCAUGCAAGCUCUUUUCUGUUUUAAUUCCUCCCUCUUCUGGAAUUUGCAAGCCGUUUUUAACUGGAAUCUUGUCUUGCACUGAUGCAACAGCAAUUCUGAUUUUUUUUUUAUUUUUUUUUGCUUCCAGCGUGGGUGGGUGGGGGUGAUCUGGUGACCUUCUCAGAGCAUAGAACAGGAUGACUGUUAUUUUAAAAAAUAAUAAUUUUAUGCUUCCCUAAUGCCCCAAGGAGCAGAUCAUGCUGAAUUUAUAAAAGUAAUUUAUCGAGAGAGAAAAAAUGUGGUUUUAUUUUGCAUUGUUUACAACUAUUUUUUAAAAGUCUUAACUUGUUUUCUUUUGAGCAUUCUUUGUAAAAACUGACCAAGCGUAAGCUUUGGAUUAAUGGGGAGGGAGGAAGGGAGGGAAAAAAAAAUCUGGCAGAGACAGACUCGGAUUCCAAGCAAAUAAAUGCUCCAGAUGAAUAAAUUAAAAA